UAGGUCUAUCCCGCCAACUGUUCUGUCACCUUUUAGAAACUAAAGCUGAGCUUGGAGAGAACUCUGUAAGUCCCUGGAGCCAUAGAAAUACAAACUGGAUUCCCAGUUUCGUCUGGGAACCAAGAAAUUGAAUGUCACAGAAAGUAGUAUUUGGGGUUGAGUUUUUUUUUCAUUAUUAUAGUAAAUCCGAUUUAAUAUUAUUAGUUUUCCUCCAGGAAUUCUGAAAGGAGCCUUGGUUCACCUGUCUGGCAGAAAGGCCUUUUUCUGAUGCUUCUCAGGGGAGCCCAGAUUCCACUCAUCUACAGAAGUGGUCUUUUCCUUGAAUUACUGGGGAACCAAGAGACCCAAAUUUGACUGAGGGCCGGUUCUCUGGAGAACUAGUUGCAAAGUAGUAAUUCACUAUGACGGUAAAUUCCAGAACGUAGAACUACCUGAUUCUGUAUGAGACUAAACAUUUCCGCCUUGUAGAGACCUAGAAAAGAGUUUAAGUAAAGGGAGUAUGUAAACUUCCAGCUCACCUAGAACAUUCUCAGUGAAACCGAGACCACCUAAUCGUGACUAUGGGAGGUCCUGUCGAACUGAUUGUCCUCUCCCCGGCACCUGAGGAUGAGGAUGAACGUGAGGACAGUUCAGAAGUCAGGACUCGAGAACAGGAACUCUGGCGAAGAGCCAGGAUUGUGCCUGUUGCCACUCGACUUCUCCAGAGGCGGUUUUCGCAAGGGACAGAAAGCUCACUCACUUCCUCCCAGUAUCAGAACUUAAGAAGGUGUCGACCGAAGAGCAACAGUAGCGGGGACAUCGGAACAGCGCUCCUCGGCCACAGGAAACCCAGAAGCAAAAUCCCCAGGGGCCGCCAGUUGAGGAGAAGCAACAGCAGCGGCGACUUCGUGUACCACCAGCCUCAUCCUCCCCAGAGGAGCGACUCUGUUCAAGAAACCAGCGCCUGUAGACCCAAGAUCUGCAAGCGCUUUUUGAAGUCCCAGGAGGGGGCUCAUGCUGAUAAGCUAGAGCCCUUGCGAAGGCCCAAGAAGAGCGACGGCAGGAGUAGUAGUACUAUCCCGCCUAUCAAAACACCUGAAUCGAAAAUGAGUGAAACCUUAGCUCCUCCCGAUGCGGGAUCAAGAGCAGCUUCGCCUGAGCCCGGUGGCAGAGGAUCUCCCGGGAGCGGCAGAGCGUCGCCAAGUGCUGCUUUGGACGAAAAGGCUAAGUCUAUUAUUAAUAAAACGUCUGAUACAGAUAAAGUCAUGGAACAGUAUCUGGGACAGGACAAUGAGGACAGCGGGAAGAGUAAGUCCGGAGGAGGGGGAGGAGGAGGAGGAGGCGGGGGUGGAGGAGGGGAGCCCUCCGCCCCUCCCUCCCACUCCCGAACCAAACCCGUGAUAGAGGACCGUGCCCUGCAGGCGCUGCUCGCAUCCCGAAGGAGGAGUCUGGAAAAUGCUGGCAAACCAGAACCGGUGAAGAGGAAAAAGGAAAGGAAAACAGUUCAGCCAGAGGAUACCAACUCUUCAGUUCAUAUGACCGAAGCCCUGCGAGCCAUCAGUAAAGGGAACGUGGAAACUGCUCUCUCUUGUGCAGAGAAGGCAGUAGAAGGAUGUCAAGAUCCUGGCCCACUUGUAGUUAGAGGCCGUUGUCACUUGCUCCUGGGGCACCUGCAGCAAGCCUUGGAGGAUGCUAGAACAGCCCUGAAGGCAGAUCCAACACUCGUUAAAGCUGUGUUGGUUCAAGCGGAGGCCCUCUAUGGAAUGGGGGAAUUCGAAAGGUCCCUCGUCCUCUUCCACCGAGGGGCGCGCAAACGGCCUGACCUCACUGCUUUCAAGAGAGGUGUCCAUAAGGCGAGGGAAGCCAUCAUCAACGCAAUCGGAGCUUUCGCUGUAGCUAACGGAAGACAAAGUUGUGCUCUUUUAAGGGACAAGUUCCCGGAUUUGGAAGAUCCCAUGACGGCCACAACUCUGAGCGAGGGAUCAGCUUCGAGGUCCUCUGUGCCCACCAUCACCGUCGGUGACCCCAAGGGCUCUAAGAUGGCUACCAAGCGUCUGUUAGGUGGACUCAGCAGCGAUAAGGAGUUUUUGGCUUCACUCGUCAAUCGUCGGAGUUUAACCAGAGAACUUCAGAGCACUUUUUCGAAUGGACCAGUAGGGAAGUCGGGGAUCCAAGUUGCGGCUGUAGCCAAAGAAGCCCUUAGUUCUCUCCAGCAUCUGGAGUCGUUUAUGUGGCAGAGGGACCCAGGCGGCAGCAUGAACACUGGUGGAGAUAAAACCACCUUGCAGAAGUCGAGAGAGAAGAAGGAGAAGGCCAGGGUAAAGGCUUCUCUGAGAAAGAGGGUGGCCACCAUUCUGCAGAAGUUGCAGCAGGAAGAAGACCUUGAGGCCACUGUCCGAGAAGGAGAGACCCUCGUCAAUGAAGUGAAAGCGACGGAAGUGGGCGAUCGUAUAUUAUGCCGCCUCCUGGUGGGAGUGGGCGUGGCUUUGCCCAAGUGUGGAAGGCCCCAGGACGCUAUAGCUGUUCUCACCGAUGCUGUUCAUAUAGCCAGGGCAAACGAAUAUGGAGAAGAGGAGCACUCCGCUGUGGAGCAGCUGGGUCGAGUCCUGGCCGAACAGGGCCAGCACGCAGAAGCGGUGGCUGUUUGGGAGAGGCGUAUACCGGCAGCUGCUAACAGCGCCCAGCGAGCCUCACUUUUCCUCCUCAUUGCGAAGUCGUAUUUCGCCAUGCGCAAAGUGGAGACGGGGAAAUUCUACGGAACGAAGAGCGUCAGAGAAGCGGACGACGACCAGGAUAACACAACCGCUCUGACGGCGCUGCUGGCUCUCAUCGAUGCAGACGUUCAACAAGAGAACAUAGAGGGGGCUCAGAAGAACCUGGAGAAGUGCGGCCCCCUCCUGGAGGACGCGCCCCAGAACCUCCUGGACGAAUACGAAUCCUACAAGGUGAAGAUUUCUCAGUUCACCGAAGAAACCCCUUCGUAGGACACCCACUGGUGCUCUCCAGGGUCGCCGAAGGCUUAGUCUUCAUGCAUUGGAUUUUUGUGAAUUGUAUCUGGUGCAGUGGGGGACUUCGGUGUUUGUCACUUGUGGGACCUUGGGCUACAAAUCCCUCAGCGCUUAAAAAAAAAUAAAUAGAUAAAUAAAUAAAUAAAUAAAUAAUAAAAAUUAUCCUGCCCUUAUCUGAUAUCAGAUACCUGCAACGGACAUUUUAGGUGUCCCGUGGCACCUGCGUUUUAAGUUUCUCAGUCUAUCUGGUUGAUAUCACUAUAAUUUCUUCUAUAUUAUAUGUGUGUGCGUGUGCGUGUCUAUAUAUGUGUGUGUAUACAAUGUGUGUGCGUCUAUCGACAUUGAUAUCAGAUUAUAACUUUUAUCGGCUAUUUUAUUUGAUUUUACGUGUAGUAUUUUAAUGCGAAUAUAUAUUACAUAUAUUUAUCUCGUCAUUUAUGUGGAUCCAGUACUCUAUGCGUUGAAUCAGUU